AUGGAAUUGGAGCAGCUGGAGAAGUCCGUUGAGGCGAACCCACACGACGCUUCUCUCCAAUUCCAACUCGGUUUGUAUCUGUGGAACAACGGCGGCGGAGAUUCAGAGAAAGCGGCGGCGGAGCGUUUCGUGCUGUCGGCCAAGUUAAACCCGGACAAUGCGGCUGCGUUCAAGUACUUAGGGCAUUACUACUCUCGUGUGACGCUUGAUGGGAAUCGAGCUGCUAAAUGUUACCAGAGAGCGGUGUUGCUGGACGUUAAUGACUCUGAGUCUGGAGAGGCUUUGUGUGAUUUGUUGGAUGGGCAAGGGAAAGAGAUUUUGGAAGUUGCGGUUUGUCGUGACGCUUCUGAGAAGUCUCCUAAGGCUUUUUGGGCGUUUUGUAGAUUGGGUUACAUUCAGCUUCAUCAGAAGAAGUGGUCUGAAGCUGUUCAGAGUCUUCAACAUGCUAUUAGAGGGUAUCCUACAGUGUCUGACUUGUGGGAAGCUCUGGGCCUUGCUUACCAGCGACUUGGAAUGUUUACUGCUGCUAUCAAGGCGUAUGGCCGUGCCAUUGAAUUAGAAGAGACCAAGAUUUUUGCAUUAGUGGAGAGUGCGAACAUCUUCUUGAUGCUUGGUUCAUUUAGAAAGGGUGUUGAGCUCUUUGAGCAAGCGCUGAAGAUUUCACCUCUGAAUAUUUCUGCGCUCUAUGGUCUUGCUUCUGGAUUGCUUAGUUGGUCAAAAGAAUGCAUAGAUUUGGGCGCAUUUGGAUGGGCUGCGUCGUUAUUGGAGGAUGCUCGUAAAGCUGCAAAAGCAAGCACUGAACUGGCCAGCAACAUGUCUUCUAUAUGGAAAUUGCAUGGAGAUAUCCAGCAGCUUACAUAUGCAAGAUGCUUUCCCUGGUCUGGAGGAACUGUAAACUCAGAUUUCAGUUUAAAGGCAUUUAAUGAUUCAAUCCUUUCGUGGAGAAGUAUUUGUUACUCAGCUGCACUGUCAGCCAAAUCUUCGUACCAACGAGCUCUACACUUAGCCCCUUGGCAAGCCAAUCUAUAUACUGACAUAGCCAUAGCAUGUGAUCUCGUUUCAAGUUUAAGCGAUGACUCUGAAACUCCUAGUCCUUGGAAGCUACCUGAAAAGAUGGCUCUGGGAGCGUUAUUGUUGGAAUGUGACAACUCGGAGUUCUGGGUUGCUUUGGGUUGUAUGUCUGGUAACAGUGCUUUGAAACUACAUGCUUUGAUCCGGGCAUUGCAUUUGGAUGUAUCUUUAGCCGUUGCUUGGGCUUUUAUGGGUCAGAUCUUCAGGGAAUCAGAGGAAAUGAAAUUGGCAAAGCAGGCUUUUGAUUGUGCUAGAAGCAUCGAUCCUACACUUGCACUACCUUGGGCCGGCUCAGCUGAUACUUAUGCUAGGGAGUCAACAUCAGAUGAGGCUUUUGAGAGUUGUUUACGAGCUGCGCAGAUAUCACCUCUUGCGGAGUACCAGGUUGGUUUGGCAUGGCUUGCUUUGCUGCAACGUAAUAUUUCAUCUCCGCAGAUUUUCGCUUGCAUUGACCAGGCGGUGCAGCGCACCCCUGAUUACCCUGAAUCCCAUAACCUCCAUGGGCUAGUCUGCGAGGCAAGACAAAACUAUCAUACUGCCAUUGCUUCGUACAGGCUAGCACUGGCUGCAAUGAGUGUUUGCCCCGACAAUUCAGUGAAAUCUCAUGCAGGAAAAAUAUCUAUUAACUUGGUCAGGUCACUCAGCAAGGCAGGACGAUACAAAGAAUCUGUCAAGGAAUGCGCAAAUUUAAAGUCAAAAGGUUUGCUUGAUGCUGGAGGCUUGCAGAUCUAUGCCUUCUCUCUGUGGAAGAUUGGUGAGAAUGAUUCGGCUCUCUCAGUGGUUAGGGAGCUGGCUAGUAGGAUUUCUACCAUGGAAAAAAAAUCAAUAGCUUUCCCAAUCAGCUUAAUCUGUAGUCUGCUUUAUUGCAUAUCUGGACUGGAUUCUGCUAUCACCAGCAUCCAGAAAAUGCCAAAGGAUUUCUUCCAGAGUUCGAAAAUCAGCUUUAUAGUAUCUGCCAUUCAUUCUCUUGACCAGAGUGAUAGACUUCAGUCGAUAGUUGCAAGCACUCGCAGCUAUAUAACAUCACAAGAAGAAAUAGUUGCAAUGCACUAUUUGAUAGCACUUAGCAAACUGCUGAAAACUGGAGCAGGAGAGUUCCUCGGAUUUGAGAAGGGGAUUGCCCACCUCAGAAAAGUUCUGCAUAUGUAUCCUCAUAGUAAUUUGUUAAGGAAUCUGCUUGGAUAUAUUUUGUUAGCUGGUGAAGGAACGAAAGAAGUCUGUACUGCUAGUAGAUGCUGUAUUAUAAAUGUCUCUGAGUGUGGAAGCAAGGAAGGUCUGAAGUCUGCUUUAGAGGUCCUUGGUGGAGGAUCGGUUGCUUGCAAUCUGAUUCACUCUCAAAGUGGUGUCUUAUUCUUGCAUCAAGAACCUUGGAACAGCGAUGUGAGAUACUUGCUUAUUCUGAAUCUCAUGCAGAAGGCUCGUGAACAGAGAUUUCCUAGACAACUAUGUAGUGCUAUUGAGAGUCUAAUCUCUGUGGCACUCUCUGAUGAGGUAUUUUCAAAGGAAAGCGAAUAUCAAAAGUUCCAGCUUCUGCUUUGUGCUUCUGAGAUCAGUUUGCAGAAGGGAAAUACAGCAGAGUCUAUUGACCAUGCUCGAAAAGCCUCUUCCCUUUCGCUUCCACGUAGCUACCUGUUUCUAUCACAUUUGCAGCUUUGCCGUGUCUAUGCAGCAAAAGGGAGCACCAGAAACAUGCAAGAGGAAUACAAAGCGUGUUUGGAGCUCAAGACUGACUCAAAUAUUGGUUGGAUCUGCCUGAAGCUCAUCGAAUCUCAGUUUGAUCUGGAGGCUGAUACUAACCUCUUAGAGAUGAUGAACCUACAAGAAAGUCCAAGCCAGAAGAAUAGUUCAUGGAAAGAGUGGAUGGCUGUCUACGGUCUAGCUCUUGGCUUAGUUUCUUUCGGGAAAAGAGACUUUUCCUCAGCGGAGGAGUUCCUUUCACAAGCUUGUUCGUUGAGUAACUCAGAGAGUUGUCUACUUCUCUGCCAUGGUGCUGUCUGCAUGGAGCUGGCUAGACAGACUAACGACUCGCAUUUCUUGUCACUAGCUGUAACGAGUCUUAGCAAAGUUCAAGCGAGUUCGUUGACUCCUUUGCCUAUUGUCUAUGCUUUAUUGGCUCAAGCACAUGGAAGUCUUGGCUCUAAGGAGAGAUGGAAGAAGAAUCUUCGUCUUGAAUGGUUCUGCUGGCCACCAGAGAUGAGACCUGCAGAGGUUUACUUCCAGAUGCAUUUACUUGCAAGAGAAUCAGAAGACAGACCUGAAACCGCUCCAGGGAUUGAAAACUGUCAAACCUCUGAAAAAUGGGUGCUUAGGGCGAUUCACACUAACCCUUCUUGUAUGAGAUACUGGAACGUCUUGGAUAAGCUUGUUCAACAUCCCAUUAGCAUUAGCUAAGAACCAAAACAGAGAAGAGUAGAACCGUUCUGUUUGUUCUGUUUUUUUCCCCCUGUUACAGAUGCUUUGACAUGUAAUGCUUUGUGAAUGAGAAACACACUGAAUAGUAUUCAUGGAGUUUAUUACUUGCAAAGCCAUAUAUAUUUACAGCGUCAGCAAUCAAACAAGAAAACAUAUAAAGCCACAACAACAUUGGAUGGGCUGAUACUUAACUCAUCAUCAUAAGUGCAAACUCAUCAAAACUUAAAACUCCAUCAGCAUUAAGAUCAAAAGCUUUGAUCAUAACUACACAAUCAUCAGUGGUUCUAGUCUCACCAAGAUUCAUCAGCAUCAUCUUCAAGCUUCUAGGAGUAAUGCAAUCUUCUCCCUCAGCAAUAUACAUUCUAAACGCUUCCAUGAUCUUGCUCUUCUUCUCUUCCUCUGUAAACUCAUCACCACCAUUGAAUAACUGAGCAAACUCCUCAUAAUCCAACAUCCCAUCACCGUCUAUAUCAGACAGUUUAACCGCAGCUUCAGCUUCUUCAUCAGACAGUUGCUCUCCCAAUGUCUUGAAACUCUUUUUCAACUCCUCUGCAGAGAUUCUACCGUCUCUGUUUGCAUCCAUGUAUGUGAAAACAGCCGCCAAAUCUUUGUUCUUGUCUUCACCAUUGCUCUCUGAGGAGAGUCUCUUGCAGAGUUUCAUGAAUGAUGAAGAUAACUGACGUUGAGUAGUCUUCAUGAUGACAAGUUCUCUUCUUCUUUGUAA